UCACCCCAUGGGACAGCAGGGCACUCUGUAGGGGAACAGGGCACCCCAUGGGGCAGCAAGUCAAUCUAGGGGGCACCAGGUCAUCCCAUGGGGCAGCAGCACAUGCUGUGGGGCAAUUAGGGUGCUCUGUAGGAAGACAGGGCACCCCAUGGGGCAGCAGGUCAACCCAGGGGGCAGCAAGUCAAUCUAGGGGGCAGUAAGGCACCCCAUGGAGCAGUAGGUCACCCCAUGGGGCAACAGGGCUCUGCGUAGGGCCACCAGUCACCCUGAUGCCCAGUGCAUCAGGGCACUCUGUAGGGGAAGAGGGCACCCCAUGGGGCAGCGGGGCACCCCAUGGGGCAGUAGGGCACCCCAUAGGGCAGCAAAUCAAUCUAGGGGGCAUUAAGGCACCCCAUGGGGCAGCAGGGCUCUGCAUAGGGCCACCAGUCACCCCAUGGGGCAGCAGGGCACUCUGUAGGGGAACAGGGCACCCCAUGGGGCAGCAAGUCAACCUAGGGGGCAGUAGGGCACCCCAUGGGGCAGUGGGGUACCCCAUGGGGCAAUAGGGCUCUGCGUAGGGCCACCAGUCACCCUGAUGCCCAGUGCAUCAGGGCACUCUGUAGGGGAAGAGGGCACCCCAUGGGGCAGCAGGGCACCCCAUGGAGAAGUAGGUCACCCCAUGGGGCAGUAGGGCACCCCAUGGGGCAGCAGGGCUCUGCGUAGGGCCACCAGUCACCCCCUGGUUUAUUAGGCCACCCCACGGGGCACCAAGCCAACCCACGGCGCCUCAGCUCACCCCGCCAUUUAUUAGGGCACCCCGGGGUGCCCCGGGUCCCUUCUCCCCCCCCCCACCUGGUUGGUGACGGGCGCUUUCCCCGGGGGCAGGCGAUGGCGUCGGAGGGCGGGCGCGUGCAGAUCUCGUUCCCGCAGCACGCGGCCGCGCUGCUGGAUUCGCUGAACCGCCUGCGGCUGGAGGGCAAGUUCUGCGACGUGGCGGUGCACGUGGGAGGCCGCGUCUUCCCGGCUCACAAGAGCGUGCUGGCGGCCGCUUCGCCUUUCUUCCACGACAAGCUGCUGCUCCAGGACGGCGGGCGUUUGCUUCUCCCCCCGGCCAUCGACCCGGACGCUUUCGAGGGGCUCUUGCACCUCAUUUACUCCGGGCGCUUGACGUUGCUGCUGGAAGCGCUGCCGGGGCAUUUGUUGGUGGCCAGCGGGUUGCAGAUGUGGCACGUGGUGGAUCAGUGCUCCGCCGUCCUCCGGGAGCUCGAAGCCGGGGGGGGUGGGCCGUGCCGCUGGGUAUCGCCGGGCGGGGGGACGCGUGGCGGUGGCGGUGACGGGACGGCGGCGUCGGCCUCGGUGGGACGCGGCGGUGACGGUGACGGGGCGACGCCGUCCCCCCUGGGUGGCUGCGGCGGUGGCGGCGGUGACGCUUCGGCGUCGCCGUGGCGCGGCGCGGACGGAGCGUUCCCGAAGGGCGGCGGGGAGGAGGUGCUGAAGAUCUGCGUGGAGGACGAGGAGGAGGAGGAGGAGGAGGAGGAGGAGGAAGAUGAAGAGGAGGACGAGGAGCCGGGGGCGGCGCGGCGGCGCGGCGGGGAGCGGGCGCUGCAGCUGGUGCUGGACGAGGAGGAGGAGGAGGACGGAGGCGGCGCGGCGCCCGGUGACGGCCCCAAGGUGCUGUACGUCAAGCAGGAGAACGCCGAGCCCGCCGGCACCACGACGGCCACCAAUUUGGCAGCAAUGGAUGGACAUGGCGGCUUCGUCCCGGCCGAGCUGUCGUCCUACGCGGCACCGCAGGCGGCCUGGAAGCCGGUGGACCUGCACGGCAACGAGAUCCUGGCGCAGGGGGCCCACGGGCGGGCGUUGCACGCGCCGGUGAAGCUUUGCGCGGCGCCGGACGGGAAGCGUUUCGGCUGCCUGUGCGGGAAGCGUUUCGCCGUCAAACCCAAGCGGGACCGGCACAUCAUGCUGACCUUCAGCCUGCGGCCCUUCGCCUGCUCCGCCUG